GUAAUCGAUGUUGACGAACCAUUUCAAGAUUACAUGUGUUUAUCGAUUUUUGCAUGUCUAUGCUGUUUCUGGCCAGUUGGCCUCUGUGCCAUAGCAAAAUCAAAAGAGGUAAAAACGUACAUGAUUGCGUUAUGGGUUAAAAUGGCAAGGACGCUCGCUGAUAGAGGUGACUAUGAAAGAGCUAGAGUAGCGGCAAAAACAGCAAAAUUGACAGCCUGGGUGGCUAUGCUUUUCGGAGUCAUUUUUGCAAUUAUUUUGAUCGUCAUGCGUUUGUAGGAUUUACGGGUAACUCAUAAUAAAUCAAACACAUGUCAGCUACAACUAUUAGAACGAUCAAAGAGGUACAGUUAAGGUAUUAUUUAAUUCCAAUACAUCACAUACAUGAAGUGUAGUAAAUCGCGAGUAAUUUAGUACGACAUGUAACUAUACUGUAAUAUUAUAACGUUAAUUUUUGCAAUAUACAUUUAUAAAAUACAAUGUAUAUACAUGUAUCUAUAUAAAGGUCGUGAACAGUCUUUUCAUGAAAGGAUGUAAGGGAAAGCAACACGAUCUAUUGAUAUUUAAUUAUUUAUAUAUUUUUCUAAUUUAUGUAAAUGAAAAAAUUCUUUAUAAGGAUGGAGAUCGUUGUGAAGUCAUACAUAGUGAUAAACUUUAACAUAUAGCUAUUGUUGUAUGCGAAAGGAAAAGUCAGCUAGAUGUAGCCAGUGAAAAGAAAGCAAAUGAAUGGAAACACGAAACUUUAUAACCAA